GACCUGGACGAAUUGGCGACGCAUUACCGAGUUUGCGGGGCGCAUUUCAUCACAGGACGACCAGCUUAUUUGAUGGAUGAGGCUAAUCCCGACUGGGCGCCGAGCCUCAAUCUCGGCUACAAGUCCACGACGCACGCUGGAAGAAGCGCAAGCGACAGGUGACGAAGAAUCCCCCUCAUCAGAACAAACUGCAAUGCAACACCUUGUAGGCCAUGCAUCUCCCGAGGAGCCUUCAUGCUUGGAAUGUCCAGUUCUACAAGAAAAUCUAGCCACAGCUCAGUGCCACCUGCAAGCGGAUCUGCAGAAUAACCAAGCUUCUGCAUGCAUGAUAGACAAAGAGGUGACAGCUGACCUGCUGUCAGCCCACAUCUCUUCACUGGAGGAAGAAAACCACCGCCUUCAGCAUGACCUGGAUAUUGCACGCAGUCGCCUGGCAAAGGCAGCCCCUGGAGACAGGGAUGUGCUCCGCAGCAACCCAGACAUGGUUGUUUUUUACACAGGGCUGCCAAAUUAUGCAGUUUUGGAGGCUGUUUACAUCUUAGUUGAGCCUCAUGUAAGGCAUACAUUACGAAACCGCCUGAGCAAAUUUCAGGAAAUGGUCGUUUUCCUAAUGAGGUUGCGGCUUAACGUCCCGUUACAAGAUCUUGCAUACAGGUAUUUUAUUCUGGGCAACAGCCAUACCUAUAUUCAUUUGUAACAUUAAGGUUCCUGCACUACGCAGAACUGCAGUUGAGCAUGCAAUAGCCAUUUUGUGCUGGUGAACUUUAUUGCAUUAGCUUCAAUAACACUUACUAAAGCACAUAACAACUCAGCAGUUUUAUCUUACAGGUUUGGCAUUCACCAGUCAACCGUAACGAGGACAGUAGAAAGGUGGCUUGAUGCUGCUUACAUUAGGCUCAGCAGUCUGAUCAAAUGGCCAGAACGUGAAGAUCUUCAAAGAACGAUGCCAAUGGCAUUCCAAGAAACAUUUGGCAAGAAAGUAGCUGUGAUUCUG